AUGGAGAAACCUCUAGAUACACAUACCAUCAUUGGAGAGAUAGAUGAUGGAAUAUCUAUCUAUCUAUCGUCACACAUACAACCGCACACCAUUCCCUCUACUGUCCCUCUGGCGACCGUCCCAGGCCAAGAUACAUUGCCUGUGCUCUGGGCGCUCCCAGCCGGCUCCCAGCCGUGGGGAGAGCAGGGCGCGGACUUGGAGUCCCCGCCACUCAGAGACCGCGCCUGCCGGGGUCGCCAGACUCAGGCUCCCGCCCAUGUGGCGCGUGGGAUUCAACGCGCGACGCCGCCUCCGCCCCGCCUGCCCCCUCCUCGGCCCAACUCGGACGCAGUCGGGGUCCUGAGCGCCCGACCCGCCCCCCGGCCGGCCAGCGGAGAGCCCCGCCCCGCGCCGCCUCCGCCCGCUCUCUCCGCGGCCCAACUCGGACCCAGUUGGGGUCCUGAGCGCCCGCCCCCCACGGCCGGCCGGCGGAGGGCCCCGCGCCGCCGCCUCCGCUCCGGCCCCCUCUCCGCUGCUCUCCGCUCCCGCGACGGGAAAAGUGGGCGCCGGCGGCGGCUGCCCCGCCCGGGGAGCGCGCUCCUCGCCGGCGCGGGGCUGUGGGUCCUCGGGGCCCAGGGCUCCUGCGGCGGCGGCGCCGGAGGUGUCCCGCGGUCCCAGGGCCCCGCCCGGGAGACGCCCUCGCCCGAAGCCGCGAGGCCGGGCUGCGGCCACUCCCUCCCCUCCCGGAGAGUGGCGGGCUUUGCGCGGGGAGCCGGAGUCGAGCUGCCGAGAAAGCCCCGGAGGACUUUGCUCAGCGGGACCCUGGAACUCUUCUGCUAGAGUAACCGAGAGCUAUGGGCUGCGGGGCUGGAGGAGCUGAGCUGACGAUCCGCACGUUGGCGGUGACCGGGUCUCCGCACACAAAGGCCACUCCACCUGGGUGACCACCACCGCGUCUUGAGUCCCGAAGUGGCGGCGAGGCGCGAUCGGAGAGGUAUUUGCUGAGCACCUGGUAUGUUCAGGAUACCGAUAAAGAAGUGUGUGUGAGAUGGUGUAGAAAGUCAUGAACCUUUAUACGAGACUGUAGAAGUAGCAGGUCAUCUGAUGGCAGGACUGCUAGGGAAGUAAAGUAUGAAGAAUGCACGUGUGUCUCCAAAGGCAAACUGGCCACAUGUCAUCCCUGCGAUGGCCAGAGGUGAUGGCCUGGAAGAGCUGUGGCCAGUGAGGAGGGACCAGACUCCUUGGAAGAUGAUGGCCACUGCAGAGUGCACACUCUACUCAGAUCAGGUUGUUGACCUCUUUUUCUUCUUUUCAUGAUGUCCACCCAUUCCUAUGCAUGCCACAUGUAGCGUCACCAACAUACCAUCUCCGGCUUGCUCUCCAGGAAGAAUGAAUACGUGGAAGAUGACGUUUGAUUCUUCCUGCUGGCCGCUGACCCUAGAGAGACAUCAUGGACAACAUGGACACUCACUUCAACAUGAGGCUACUGAGACGUGUUAUCAGACUUCACUUGAAUGAAAUCACCAAUCAUGGAAAAUCAGAAUUCUCAGUACACUAUUUUUUUUAAUGUUUGUUUAUUUCUUUUGAGGGAGAGAUACAGAGAGAGUGAGCAGGGCAGGGGCAGAAAGACAAGGAGAGAGAGAAUCCCAAGCAGGCUCAGUGCAGAGUCUGAUAAGGGGCUUGAUCUCCGCAACCGUGGCAUCGUGACCUGAGCUGAAACCAAGAGUCAGACUCUUAACAGACUGAACCACCCAGGCUGAGCCCACAGCUAAUACAGUGUUAAAGCCAUGGAAGUUCUCUGAAGAAAAAGAAAUCUAUCUGGUGCUCCCGGAUUUAUUUUAUCUGAUUUUGUUUUCCUCUCUCUCCACCACCUUUGCCCUGAUUCCUCUUGUUGGCAGAGCAGCAGCAAAAAAAAAAAACAAUAACAA